CUUCUUCAGAUUCCAGAAAAACUAAUCCAGCCACAUAUCAUGAGAGUGUUUUCACUCUCUUUGUUUCUAGCCACACUUCUAGCAGCAUCCCUCGGUUUAUCAUACCUCAGUUGGCAACUCGUGAUCGGCAGAACUAAAAUCAUGCGAUCAAAAACAGCUCCUAACCACAAAAAUUACUUGUACUUGAAGCAUUACAUGUUAGGUCAUCACAGUCAGUACAUGAAAGACUCGAAAGCCGUCGCUGAGAAGGCCCUUCGCUACGCCAAAAGCCAGAAGCUCGCAGCCGAUGGCAAUGACAUAUGGAUCUUUGACAUAGACGAUACCUUAAUCUCUCAUUUGCCCUAUUUUGCUAAACAUGGACUCGGGACGGAACCGAUGAAUGUGACGUUGUUUAUUGAAUGGAUGAAUAAAAGCAAAGCACCGGCGUUGCCGGCGAGUCUUAAUCUGUACAGAGAAUUGUUAUCACUUGGGUUUAAGAUUGUCCUCCUGACGGGAAGGCCUGAAGAAUGGAAAAUGUCGACAGUCAACAAUCUGAAGAAAGUCGGAUACCAUUCCUGGGAGAAAAUUAUUCUCAAGGCAUCAUCUUAUCCAGGAAAUUUAUCAUUCCAAUCAUAUAAAUCCAAUGAAAGAAGAAAGCUUGUGGAGAUCAAUGGAUACAGAAUCAUCGGUAACGUGGGGGAUCAAUGGUCCGAUAUCAGGGGGAGUCAUCGAGGAAGUCGGACAUUUAAGCUCCCUAAUCCAAUGUACAACAUAUCAUAGUUACUUAAAUGUUCACUAGAUGAAAUUUUCA